UUGACCUUAGGUCGCAGCAUCCGAGUAGCAGACGCACCGCUCCCUGCCCUGCUGGCUGCGUUCUGUGGCAGCUCCCCGUGUUUGCCUGUGGGGGGAGCGUGUGCGCCUUCUCUCUGGGUUCCAUGUCUUUCCCACGCCUACAGACGUAAGGUCUCUCCUCCUACUGUCUCUGACCAUUCAAACAGCUCAGCUAGAGAUCGGUGGAAGGGUAACCGGGCUGUGGAGACCAGGGGACCAGAAGCUCACCAACUCCAGCAUCCAGUCCCCAUUCCCCCGGCCCCGUCACCGCGCUACACAGGGCAGCUCUCCGCACACACAGCCCCAGCCCCGGGAUGGAGUGAGAGCGGAUCUUCUGGCGCAGGAACAAGAGGGGAAACUGUGGUGGACUAUGGGAUGGAUGAAGCUGAGCAGGACCAGUAUGAAGCCCGACUCAAGGAACUUUUUGACAGCUUUGACACUACUGGUACUGGAUCUCUGGACCAAGAAGAGCUGACUGAUCUCUGUCAUAUGCUCCAGCUUGGGGAAGUGGCACCCUCUCUACAGCAUGCCCUUCUGCAGGACAAUCCUCUAGGCAGAGUUCAUUUUGACCAAUUUAAAGAAGCUCUUAUUCUUGUGCUGUCCAACACUCUAUCAAAUGAAGAUGCCUUCCAGGAACCAGUUUCCUGUACUGAGGCCCAGCCCAAAUACAUUAAAGAUGGAAAGCGGUAUGGCAGGAGGUCUAUGCCCGAACUUCAGGAUUCUCUUGAGUUUGAUGAAGAGACAGUGAUUGAACCUGACGAUGAAGGUACCAGGUCCUCACAGGUCAGCUCAAGAAACUGCGAAGAGCCGUGGAAGAGUGAAGAUGUAGAAGAAUUUACAGCAGAAGGCCAGUUAAGAUUUUGGAACCCUGAUGACCUCAGUGCUUCUCAGAAUGUGUGCACUACAGACCAUGAAUGGGUGGAAGAGAAGUUGCAGUUGAUCUGCGAAGACCUUGGUAUCACCCGAAACGAUUACUUAAAUAGGAAAAAGCUCAUCUCUAUAUGCGAACAGUAUGGUUUGAAGAACUUGGACAAAGAGACCCUGGAAGAUGUGAUUCAGAAUCUAGAUCAAGAGAAAACAAUGAGCCUUCAGGAUUUUUUCUAUGAAGUCUGUAAAAAUAGCAAACCUUUAAUUCCAUCAUCCUCAACCCCCUACCGUCAACUAAAGAGGCACCUUUCUAUGCCGGCUUAUGAUGAGAGUGGAAGACGAACAAUAACUCCAUCGUCCAUGGGGGCUGUUGGUAUCCGCUUACUAUCUAAGCUUGAUGAUGGAACAGGCUAUGGUUCAGUUGAAGACCUCAUAGAUCUUUGGCAAGAAGAAGGAAUAGAAAAUAGCCAAGCCAUACUUAAGGCUCUGGAUUUCAAUGUAGAAGGUAAAAUUAACCUUAUGGAGCUUACAAUGAUCCUGGAACAUGAGCUACUGAUGACCAAAAAUGAGGUGUAUCAGGCUGCAGUUAUCAGCUUCCGUUCAGAGAUCAGGCACUUAUUGGAACAAGCUGAUCAAGCUGCCAGAGAGAGAGAGAAGCUUCGCUCUGAUCUGGAUAAGAAUGAAAAAUUGAAAAGCCAGAUGGCCUCAGAGGUGGAUGAUCAUCACGCAGAAAUUGAACGGCAAAAUGAAUACAAUCUUAGGAAACUGGAUGAAGAAUACAAGGAAAGAACAGAAAAUUUGAAAAAUGAACUGCGGAAAGAGAGAGACCAGAUUUUACAGCAGAGUGCAAAACAUCGUUUUGAACUGGAACAAGAACUUGAUAAGGCAAAGGCAGAGGAAAACUACCUCAGAGACAGACUUAAUUUGUGCUUAAAGGAAAGCUGUCGUUUAGAAACUGAAUUGUUGCAAGCGUCAGAAAAGCUCACCGAGUAUGAAUCACUGGCAUGCAAACUGCAGAGAAGCUUGGAUAAUAUCAUGCGGGAAAAGUUUGGUGAUAUGGAUCCCAGCUGUAUGGAGUUCCUUAGUCAAGAGGAAAGGUUAGAACAAAUGAGAAAGGAGUAUGAGCUCCAACGAAGGGAGCUGCAGGACCGCAUUGAUGAACUUCAGCUGGAACUUGAAGACUACCGUACACAUGGUGUCAGGGGAUCAAGAAGAUCACUGAAAAAAUCCUUGUUGGAAGAAAUGGACAAUAAAAAUUACACAGAAACCGAUCAGGGUAUUGGACCAGAAGAUUGUCCCCCAUUAAACAUGAGCAUAGAGGCAGAAAUGGCUAUUGAACAAAUGAGGGAGCAGCAUAACCGGGAAGUGGAACAACUGACAACUGAACUUCAGUCCAAAACGACUCAUUGUGAAGAACAACUGAAAGAAAUGAAAUCUUUAUUUGACAAAGAGAAAGCUAUUCUCAAGGAGCAGUUUGAAGAAGAGAUUCAGAAAGCAGAGGUGCAAUUACGAUUUCUUCAAAUGCAGCAUGCUGAAUUGGAAGCUGACAUUGUGAAACUUAAAGAUGAGCAGUAUAGGAUAGUAUGUGAACACAAGAGUGAGAUAAGCAACAGAGAAGAUUUGUUUAAUGAGCAAAAGGGCCUCCUAGAAGAACAGGAGGCUGCCUUACAGAAGCAGCUAGCAGAAAAUAAACAGACUUUCUUAAAGGAAAAAGAGGAGUUUGCACUUACAAAAAAAGAGACUGAAAAGGAGACAGAGACCAAAUUAUAUGCACUCACAGAAAAGUUUGAAACAGAGAAAAAACAGUUAGAGCAAAGUUUCAAGGAACAAAUUGCAAGUCUAACAGCAAAACAGAAGGCUGCCUUACAGAAUGAGCUAGCUCAAGCUAAACAGACUUUGCUUUUGGAGAAAGAAGAGUUUGCACAAACAGUAGAGAAGGAUACAGAGGCCAAAAUGAUUGCACUAACAAGAAAGUCUGAAGAGGAGAAAAGACAGCUUGAGCAGAGUUUCCGGGAACAACUUGCAAGGAUAACGGAAAGACAGCAGUCUGAAAAAGAAGACUGGGCAAAGCAUUCAGAAAACCAUCAUCACGAACUGCAGAAGGAAAGGAUUAAAAUGGAAACAGAGUAUGACAAAAGAAUAUCAGAUAUGGAAUUUCGGUUUUCUAAGGACUUUGAAGCAACAAUGAAGAACCAUGAGGAGGCUUUAGCAAAGCUUGAAGACAAGUACCAAAGUAACCUAAGAGAUCUCACAGAUAAGCACACAGAAGAAAAAUCUCAGUGGGAAUUUGAAAAAGAAGAGAUUAUUCAAGAUGGUUUAGAGGCCCAGGAAAGACUGAGGGAAAGACUAGAAAAAGAUAAAUUUGAAGCCUGCUCUGCACUUAUACAAGAAAAAGUACACCUGGAGAAGACUUACAAAGAGUAUAUAAAUAACUUAGUUGUUGAAAAAGAACAGGUAGAGAAAGACUUAGAAAAUCUGAUGGUUAAUUCAAAAAAGGAAGAAAGUCAAUUAUCUGCUAAGAUCAGUCAACUAGAAAAUGAUCUGCAAGAGGAGCUCACAGAGCGGGAUGAACAGUUGUGCCAAGCUGAGAAAAAUCUUCUGGUCCUUACGGAAACUAUUGGAAAACUGGAAAGUGAGCAUAAACUGGAAAAAGAGCAUCUUUGUUCCAAACUGGAAAAGUCUGAGGAACAAUAUAAAGAAGCUUGUGAUAAAGCAGAAGAAAAGAAAGAAGGUAUGGUUGUCGAAAUCUCCAGGCUUCAGAGCACCAUCACUGGACUGCAAAAUGAGAUUAGUUCUUUAUCUAUACUUCAAGGAAAUUAUCACUUAAUGCAGAUAGAGAAUGAAGAGCUGAAAAAUCUUGUAACACAUCUCCAGAAUAAUGCAUGCAUGGAAGAGGACAUGAUUGUUUUAAAAAAUCUGCAGAAUGUUCAUGAGCAAACAGUCAAAGAAAAUGUCAGGCUUGUUUCAGAGAUUUCUAAACUACGUAAGAAGCUUGACCAGUGUAAGACUGGUAAGAAUUGGCUUCCAGAACCGCAUAAUGGAUGUCAGACAGAAAAAAAACAGAAAUUAGGGGUCACAGAAAAUGAGGACAGCCACAGUGUUGAAGGUGACCAUUUCAGCCACUCUGUGGAGACCUUGGAAGAUUUCAACCUGAGGCUUCAAAGCAAAAUUAAAGAGCUUGAAAAUACCACAGAGGCAUUGACUAAAAUGGAAAAAAGCUAUGAGAAUGCUAAAGCUGAGUAUGGUCAUCUUCAGACUCAGAUGCUUCAAAUGCAAGAAAAGAUGCAGCAAGUAACUUUAGAAAACGAGCUUAUGAAAAAAGUAAUAAGUUCAGAGGAGUUUACGGUUCCAGACCUCGAACAAACUGCUCUCACCGUUCCAGGGUUGAAACUGAUCUUAGCAGUUGCCAAGAAAGAAAAUUUGCAGCUUCAAGAAAAAUUAAAUUACAUGGAGCUUAAAAAUGUGGAAGCGGUGAACAACAACAGAGAACUUUCCUCUGAAGUACUUUGGUUGCAAAAAGAGAUUCAAAACAUGGAGGAAAUAGCAGAAGCCUCGCUGAAACUAGAAAACAUGUAUGAGGAGACAAAGAAAGAAAAUAGUAAACUAAUGGUGCUUGUUGCAAAUCUAGAGGAGAAGGUUAGUGAUAUGGAAGCAAAACAGUGCAUGAGACUUCAGUAUGCAGAUAAAGAGAUUCAAGCAUUCGAAUGUACCUCUGAAACUAAUAUGGUGGAACACCACACCAAGAAUGUUAAUGAAUGUUCUCCAAGGAAUAUGAAACACCUCAAAACACAGGAUGAAAAUGAUACAAAAUCUAUAGUAAGCCCCAAAAGACAGCAUAAUCAGGGGAAUGAUAUAGCGAACCUUGUGGGGAAAGGAAGACUAGAAGUCCUCAGCCAACGGAACAAGACUAUGCAAAUGGAAAGAGAACCAAACAUUUUAGAAUCCCAUAUGUUGGAAAAGCACAGUGAAAGGCAGAAGAGAGUUGAGUUUCUGAGAUCUGAGAACAAAAAACUUAAAGAAGAAAAUCUUGCAUUGAAAUCUGAAAUAAGCACCUUAGAAGAUGAUGGUGAAAUUAAUAAUGAGAAAAUAAAAGAUCUCCAGGAUGCAUGCGAGGAAAUGUGGGUAAACCUAGAGACUGUACAGAAUGAGAAAGGUGCACUUCAGAAGGUGGCAGAAAGCCUAUCAAAACAGGUGUCUGAAUUGAAAACCAAAAACCAGCACCUUGAUUCUGAAAAUGCAGAACUGAGCGUAAAGAACGCAAAAAAUCAAGCAGAUCUUCAGGAUCUGAACCGUAGGCUUGUGGCUUUCCUGAAGCAGAAGGAUAAGAAAGAUGCUACCAAGGUCAUUGAGGAGUGGCAAAGAGAGAGGAGUCGGAUAAAUGACGAGCUUGAAAGUUACAGGGCAAAGGUUGGAGAUUCAGAAAAAGAACUGUCUAACAUCAAACUUCAAAACCGUUUUUUGGAGCAAGAGAACACGUUGCUCAAGCAGGAAAUUGAAACUAAGCAGCUCUCUAAAUGCUCUGAAUUUACUGACCUCAAGAAUGAGAUCUCUGGGUUAUUAAAUAAAAAUGAACUGCUGCUUAAAGAAAAGGAAGCGUUGGGGGAGGAGCUUCAUAGAUGUGCAGAAAAGUGUGCUAAAGUUACCCUUCUAGAGAGCAAGAUUGCAGACUUGAAGCAAGAACAGAAGUCUUGGGAACAGCAAACUCAAAUGCUUAAGUCCCAGAUCACUCUCUCACUAGAAAAGAUUCAGAGCCUGGAGGACAGCCUUCAAAGUGUAAAUCUCCAGAUAUCCCGGAUCAAGUCAGAUCUGCGUGUUGCACAACAAGAAAAAGAAUCAUUAAAACAGGAAGUAAUGUCACUACAUAAGCAGCUGCAAACAUCCAAUGCCAAGAACCAGCUCCUUGAAAUGACUUUGCAGUCCUCUGGGUUACAAAAUCAGCACAAGAAAAUGUACUGGGAUGAUCUGGAGAAAUUGAUGGAACAGGAACAGAAGCUUCUACGACAGGAAAAUGAGAGACUCCUAAAAGAGGUGCAGAAUGCAAAGUCUGACCUGGCCCAGUGCAGGGAAAAGGUACGGCAGCUGGAGUCUGCUCUUAUUUCUGUGAAACAGCAGAAGCACCAAAAUCAGUCAAGUAUGGUAAAGGCUUUAGAACAGGAAAAGUCAAGCUUAAAACGAGAGUGCGAUCACCUUCAGAAAGAGCUGGCCUCUGCUAAUAGGAAGAUUAGCCACUUGAGCUCUCUCGAACGGGAUUUGGAUGCCAUUAAGACAGAAAAUGAUGGUUCAAGAACAAAGCAUGGGAAAUUUGAUGAGCAGUUAAUGGAUAUGUUGCACUCAGCUCCCAGUGUGACGUUUAGCCUUUCCCAGCAGCAAGCCUGUGCCGCCGUCCCAAGGGAGCAGUACCUACAUCUCCAGCAGGCAGACAGAAGGAGCCAGCAACUCCAGACAGCAAUGGAAAUCAGGAGUUCCAACAACAACUCUCCACAGAGCGUUCAAGACCAGCUUUUAAAAAAAAUGGAAGCACGCAUGAUAGAAGUUGAACAAAAUCUCAGGCUUGUGAAAAUGCUUCUGCAAGAAAAAGUGAAUCAGCUGAAGGAACAGCUCACAAAGAAUACUAAAGCAGAUGAGAUCAUUAAAGAUUUGUAUGUGGAAAAUACUCAGCUGCUGAAAGCUUUGGAGAUGAGUGAGCAGAGGCAUCAGACUGCCGAAAAGAAGAACUAUUUGCUGGAAGAAAAGAUCUCUGGCCUCAAUAAAAUUGUAAGGGAUUUGGCUCCACCCACACCCAAUACUGUGCAUCCUCCCCAGCGGCGCUCCUAACGAAAUCUGCCACUACCCUAUUUAUUUGCAAUGGAAAUGUUCAUCUAUAUGUGAAAUACAUUUAUAGAACAAACAUGUUUACUGCCAUAGGAGGUGCCGAGAAUCUCAUCACCAGUACAAACUGUUUAAAAUUGUUCAGGGCCAUGUACAAUAUGCAUCUUUCUAAUUUUCCAGUUCUCUGCCUUCCUCUCUUGCCACUGCCAAAGACUUUGGUUCUGUUUUUGCAAUGGAAUCUGAUUUAUAUUUCUGUGAUUGGUUUUGUAACAUUGGUUCAUACCAUUAUCACCUCCUGUGCCUUGAAUACCAACCCUUGUUGAAACCAUUCAGCAAUAUAAUGUAGUGCACUAUUUAUGUAUUUAAAAAUGGACAGCACUGUGUAUAUGCGUAGCACAAUAUAAAGUGAGAUAUACAUACAUACACUAUGGGCAGAUUUAUUAUGCCCCCAUAUGUUGUUAAAGCAGGCCUUUCAGAUUUAUCAGUUUACAAUUAGAAACCUUAGUUCCCAUUUAAAAUUUGCAGUGCAGAUUUUUAAUUCAAAGGGUGUUUAAGCCCAGCACAAUGGUUAAAUGCCUGUGUUAAUUAAUUUAAAACUAUCUUCUUAUUCAGGUAAAUGUUUAUAGGCUAAUGCCACAUGGGCCGAGAAACAGCCCCUCCACUCUUAUCUGCAGUCUUUUGUGUCUGCACUUGAAGCAAAUGCAUUGGCCCAGGUUCAGACACAUGGAACGUGUUUCACUGCAAAAAUGCAUACUUGUGCUUUUCUGUGGUGAAAUCCACUCUAUGGGGCACAUUUACUAAUCCACGAAUCCGAAUCACAAAUGGGAAAAAA